AUGCCGGCCAGUCCUCCCAGCGUGCUGGGCAGGGAGCACCAUCCUCCUGGCUCCGAGAGUCAGUUGCAGAGCUACUUCGCGGCGUGUGAAGAUGAGACCCCUGCCAUCCGGAACCACGACAAGGUGCUGCAGCGCCUGUGUGAGCACUUGGACCACGCCCUGCUGUACGGGCUGCAGGACCUCUCCUCUGGCUACUGGGUGCUCGUGGUGCACUUCACGCGGAGGGAGGCCAUCAAGCAGAUCGAGGUGCUGCAGCACGUGGCCACCAACCUGGGGCGCAGCCGGGCCUGGCUGUACCUGGCCCUCAACGAGAACUCCCUGGAGAGCUACCUGCGGCUGUUCCAGGAGAACCUGGGCCUGCUGCACAAGUACUACGUCAAGCAUGCCCUGGUCUGCAGCCACGACCACCUGACUCUCUUCCUGACCUUGGUGUCUGGGCUGGAGUUCAUCCGCUUCGACCUGGACCUGGACGCCCCCUACUUAGACCUGGCCCCCUACAUGCCCGACUACUACAAGCCUCAGCACCUGCUGGACUUCGAGGACCGCCUCCCCAGCUCGGCCCACGGCUCCGACAGCCUGUCCCUCAACUCCUUCAACUCCGUCACCUCCACCAAUCUGGAGUGGGACGACAGUGCGAUCGCCCCGUCCAGUGAGGAUUAUGAUUUUGGAGAUGUGUUUCCAGCAGUGCCGUCUGUACCCAGCACAGACUGGGAAGAUGGGGACCUCACAGACACCGUCAGUGGGCCCCGCUCCACUGCCUCCGACCUGACCAGCAGCAAGGCUUCCACCAAGAGUCCCACCCAGCGCCACAACCCCUUCAACGAGGAGCAGGCAGAGGCCCUCUCCUCCUCCGACACCACCCCUGUGCACACCGCCUCUCAGGGGAAGGAGCCGCACCCCUCGGAGCUGCUGGACGCCGGCACGGAGCUCGAGGUCAUCAGGGUCACCAAGAAAAAGAAAACUGGCAAGAAGAAGAAGACCAGAUCAGAUGAGGAAGCCAGUCCACUUCGCCCAGCCUCCGCCCAGCACACGGGUGCCAGGAGGGGGGAUGGCGACAGCCGGGUCAGCAGCCCAGGCCUUGGGCGGGGCUCACCAGACACCACCUUGGCUUCCCCCCAGGAGAAGGGAGAGGGGCUCGCUGAGAGCAGCGAGCGCUCAGAGCCCAGCCAGAUGGGCCUGCUCAUCCCUGAAAUGAAGGACACCUCGAUGGAGCGCGUGGGGCAGCCCCUGAGUAAAGUCAUCGACCAGCUCAACGGGCAGCUGGACCCGCGCACCUGGUGCUCCCACGUCGAGCCCCCAGACCAGCCCUUUCGGACCGGCUCUCCGGGGGACACCCCGGAGAGACCGCCGUUUUGUGACUUUAGUGAGGGGCUUCCGGCCCCAAUGGACUUCUACCGCUUUACCGUCGAGAGUCCAAGCACUGUUACAUCAGGUGGCGGCCACCAUGACCCUGCAGGGCCUCGCCAACCGCUGCAUGUUCCUGGUGGCCCUGCGGCUGCUGGCCAAGAAGAAGAGGGAGGAGGAGGAGGAGAGGGAGAGGCGCCUCCGCCUCUAGGGGCCACUCAGGAGCCAGAGACCCGGGCACCGGAGACCCAGGUGCCCCCCGUUAAGGAGGGGCCUGGGCCUGAGCCAGAGUCUGGGACCCAGGAGGCUCUUUGCCAGCUCAAGCGAGACCAGCCCAGCCCAUGUCUGAGCAGCGCAGAGGACUCUGGGGUGGAGGAGGGGCAGGGGAGCCCUUCUGAGAUGUCCCACUCGGCAGAGUUCAGAGUGGACAACAAUCACUUACUCCUGCUGAUGAUCCAUGUGUUUCGAGAAAACGAAGAGCAGCUCUUCAAAAUGAUCCGGAUGAGCACAGGGCACAUGGAGGGCACCCUGCAGCUGCUGUACGUGCUGCUCACAGACUGCUAUGUCUACCUGCUCCGGAAAGGGGCCACAGAGAAGCCAUACCUGGUGGAAGAGGCCGUUUCGUACAAUGAGCUUGACUACGUGUCGGUGGGCCUGGACCAGCAGGCGGUGAGGCUGGUGUGCACCAACCGCAGGAAGCAGUUUCUGCUGGACACGGCCGACGCGGCUCUGGCUGAGUUCUUCUUGGCUUCUUUGAAGUCAGCCAUGAUCAAAGGCUGUCGGGAACCCCCAUACCCCAGCAUCCUGACCGAUGCCACCAUGGAGAAGCUGGCACUGGCCAAGUUCGUGGCCCAGGAAUCUAAGUGUGAGGCAGCUGCUGUGACCGUGCGCUUCUAUGGGCUGGUGCACUGGGAGGACCCCACUGACGAGUCCCUGGGCCCUGUCCCCUGCCACUGCUCACCCCCCGAGGGCGCCAUCACCAAGGAGGGCAUGCUGCAUUACAAGGCGGGCACCUCCUACCUGGGCAAGGAGCUCUGGAAGACCUGCUUCGUGGUGCUCAGCAAUGGGAUCCUCUACCAGUACCCCGACCGCACCGACGUCAUCCCCCUGCUCUCGGUGAACAUGGGGGGGGAGCAGUGCGGUGGCUGUCGGAGGUCCAACACCACGGAUCGGCCCCACGCCUUCCAGGUCAUCCUUGCUGACCGGCCCUGCCUGGAGCUGAGCGCCGAGAGCGAGGCUGAGAUGGCCGACUGGAUGCAACACCUCUGCCAGGCCGUGUCCAAAGGGGUCAUCCCCCAGGGGGUGCCUCCCAGCCCCUGCAUCCCCUCCGACAUCAGCGCCGUCUCCACGGAACCGGGCAGGGAGUACUGUGUCUUGGAGUUCUCCCGGGACGGCCAGCAGCCCCUCCCCCCCUGGGUCAUCUACUUGAGCUGCACAUCUGAACUGGACCGAUUCCUGUCUGCACUGAACUCUGGGUGGAGAACCAUCUACCAGGUGGACCUCCCCCACAAGGCCAUCCAGGAGGCCUCCCACAAGAAGUUCGAGGACGCCCUGAGCCUCAUCCACAGCGCGUGGCAGCGCAGCGACAGUCUCUGCCGCGGCAGAGCCUCCCGGGACCCCUGGUGCUGAGGCGGAGCUGGCCGGUGUCCUGGUGGGCAGGAGAAGGAGGCGCGG